AGGUUUGUUCAGAAAUCCUGCUGUACAACUAGAGGCUAGGGUGCAGAAAGAUUAAAUCUACUUGGCCAUUAUUUAGACUGCUAAGAGCAUCCAUGUUCGACGUUUCUGUCUCUCUGGCAAAGUAGUUGUUGUAAAGAGAAAACGAUGUGACGCGCAUUCGAUUGCAUGUAUCGUAGCCCAUUAUGGCAAAAAGCUGAGAAAAGGACUGGGUUGUCUCUACGGGCACUGCGGCGCCGUGUCGUGUGCGUUAAUCAACUGGGGUCGUACACGCUGUGAGCCAUUCUUGUCCAUCAAGGAUAUUUACAUUGGAAUCGAGGUCGUGACGCCGGAACGAUUUCGGUGGCGACGUUGAUAGCACUGCAGAAGCAUUUAGACCCGACACGAAUCUUCUGGAAGCACGAACUACUGGUGCACGUGGCUACCAGACAACUCAUCAUCCUGACCACGGGCACAAAGAAGGCAAUAAACGCACACAUCUUUCUCUUCAUCUUUCAGAAUCUUUCAGUCUACAGUAGUAGUUCUUUCAGAAUCUUUCAGAAGUCUACAGUAGUAGUACACUGCAGAGCUGUAUAAGAUGGAGGGUGCUAACACACCAGAACAGUGGUACAAGAACCUUCCGGUUCUGACUAGGUAUGGCCUUACCAUUAUCUUCGCGACCACCAUUCUAGUGCAGACGGAGAUCCUUAAUCCGCAACUGAUAGUACUGCACUGGCCGUUGGUGUGGGGAAAGCUGCAGCUGUGGCGAGUUCUCACCUGCGUCUUCUUUUUUGGAGGGUACUUGUCAUUUACAGAGAGAUCUCUCUUUAUUGUGGAAUUCCUCCGAAAAAUCAAAAUUAGGGUAAGUAACCGUGUGAUGUUCUUAAUACACAUAAGUACACAUUUACAGUGACCACUUGAUGUUCUUAACACACAAAUAAAACUAGUCAACGUCUUACAGCAACAUUGUUGUACACUGCAAAAAAAACUCAGGUUUUCCUUCAACUUGGUAUUCCAGCUGUAUUUUUUCACCUCUUUCUCAUCGAAGCUGGAAAGAAAUGAGGUCUUCGCAUCGGCACCUGGGGAAUAUCUGCUGUUCCUCCUCUUCCAAAUCGUUACACUAGCUGUGCUGUCGUUGUUAUGAAUGUAAAUAUUGCGCAAAUUGAAUGUAAAUAUUGCCCUUAUGGCAGUCUGCCUUUAUGGCAGUCUGCACUUCAGUCUUGCACUGAAAACCUACCUGCAAAAUACGCAGGUAGGUUUUGAUUUAUCGGAACUCGCUCACGAUACAAAAAAAAAAAGCGAGAUCAAUUGUAUUGUAUUGUAGAUAGCACGUCGUCCGUGAGCUUUGAUUAUUUCAAUAUAGAUUGAGACAAGUCACUAUGAUUCCUAUCCAGCAGAAACGAACAAGUUUUUCAUCUUGUUUCUGCCCGUCCUUCGUCUAGAUUAGUACGAAUACUUUAGUAUGUGAAUAUGGCCCCACCCGAUCAGGUUCUUCAGGAGGAAAAGCUAGAUGCUGGUAGAUGAUCAUCUCCCAUAAGUUUGGUACGCUGUCUCUAUUUUUAGAAGCAAUACAGCACUACUCUUUUUGUACUAGUAUAGCUGUAACUUUCUUAGAACCAGAUAGUACAGUCUUCAGUGUCCUCCUGUCCCAUUUUCAUGAAAUCUUCUCGCGUACCCGACUGGUUUGCCUACACUGGGACCAUCCCUUGUUUUCGCGAUUAUCUACUACUGGAGCCGUAGGGAGCCGUACGCGCAGCUGAGCUUCUUUAGUUUUACGAUACAGGGAUAUCAGUUCCCCUUCGCCUUGCUGUUCUUCCAGGUUUUGAUGGGCGGAUCCCCUUGGGCGGAUCUUCUUGGUUUAGGCGCAGGACACAUCUACUACUUCCUAAAGGAAGUAGUGCCGCAAGAGUACGGGUAUUGAGAUUUUUAGAAGGAAUUGUUGUAGAAGUUUGUCUUUAUUGGAAGAGAGCUCCAACGUCUACUACAUCUAAGAUGCAGUUCCACUUAAGAAACAACCCUUGAUCUUCUAUGAUCAGGUACACGUUUAUAAGAGCUCCAGCGUUUAUGCAGUCGUUAGCUAUCAAGCAUCUAGGAGCUGUUCCCCCGCGAGGGUACCAGGCGCCAACGGCGACGAGGAACUUUCAGGGACCAGGUCAAAGACUGGGUGGGUGAUUGUUGUAUGCCGACUUUGGAUGGGGCCUCCUAGCUCGCGUGAGCCAUGCCAGGUAUAUGAUGACUCGUCCUCUGAUAAUGAAUCAUGAGUGGUGACCACUUAAAUACAUUUAAUGUUGACGGUCGUUUUCGCGUCAAUAAGAAAGCCUAGAUUCCGUCUCGGAGCAGGGCCUGCCGAGGAGACGGAGCGGGACACUGUAAUAAAGAUGAGAAAUCUCGAAGAGGAACAAAAAUCGUAUUUCACCAGAAUGGCACUACUUGUUUCUCUAAGAUGUACCCGAUGAUGAGUUGAUUCGCAACCCCCAACAUCUGAAUACCCCCCCUUCGCCCGCGGAGUAAGUACUCCAUCUGUUGAGUACUUUUUCCUAUGAAGUCA